GAUCACUUCAAUGUAAUGGAUGAUGAACACUAUACUUCUCUUGCAGAGAAGGUGCAAGUUCUGGAAGCAGAGAUGAAGCGUCUACACAAAGAGAAUGAGAGGCUCAGGUUUUCUCUUCAGAUGAUGAGCAAGAAGUUCCGGCUUCUUCAAGAAACAGCUGUGGCUGUUGCUGACGAGAAUGGCUCAAGUGAAGACUCCAAUAAGAGGGCUAGGAAUGAAGUUGCUAAAACAAAGAUGUCUCGAGUCCUCAUUAGAACCGAUCCGAGGGACUUAAGUCUUGUAGUGAAAGAUGGAUACCACUGGAGGAAAUAUGGACAGAAGGUUACUAAAGAUAACCCAUCACCCAGAGCUUAUUUCAGGUGUUCCAUGUUUCCUUCUUGCCCUGUCAAGAGAAAGGUGCAGAGAUGUGUAGAGGACAAGUCUAUAUUGGUUGCAACAUAUGAAGGAGAGCAUAACCAUGAGGUUAUUGAAGCUCCAAGUAGCUUUACAGAUUUUCAAGAUUGCACAAUCAUGGCAUCAACUACCAAUUCCCAUAAUUUUUUCCUUAAUGAUCUUAAUCUUUCUCAACCAAAUACAACCCUUGGUUUAGCUCUUCCUCAGGUUUAUGAAGGCAGCAGAAAAAGGCCUUGCCAUGAUUCCAUGGAUAACUACAGAAUUAAUGAAGAAUAUGUAGCUUCCUUAACCAGAGAUCCUAACUUUACAGCAGCUUUAGCAGUUGCAGUUGCACGAUCAAUUGUGCCCCCUCCCUGAUCAUUUUACUGAGAUGUAAUAAAAUUUGAUGUUCUUAAUCAAGAUCCUCUCUUCUUGGA